GUGGUUCCUCUGUUUCGAAUCUCACUGCAAACGCUUUUCAUUAGUCAUUUCAUUUGCUAUUUCCUUGUGAUAAGUCGUCAAUUUCAAGGUUUUACUGAUAUACAUUUAAAAUAUAUCAUUAUAAUUGACAAAUAAUAUGUAUUUAAAUCGAAGGUGUUUAAUUUGUUGAAUAACAUUUAUUUUCACCCAAGAUGGAAGCGGAUGAAAAUCCGGACGGACUUCCUUAUCAGGGGGUAAAGAUAUUGUCGGAAGAAGAGAAGCAACGGUUAGAAGCUCAAAACUCUAGAAUGAUCACUGAAGCAAGAGCAGCAUGGUUAGAAAGAGAAGCCAAAAGACAUUGGGACAUAUUUUACAAACGUAAUGAAACAAAAUUUUUCAAAGACCGGCAUUGGACAACACGUGAGUUUCAAGAACUUAUAAAUUUUGAUGUAGAUCAGAAGAUUGUGUAUUUGGAAAUGGGUUGUGGAGUUGGCAAUAUGGUUUUUCCUUUGAUAGAAGAAGGAUUUUCAAACUUCUACUUCUACGCGUGUGAUUUUUCACCACGUGCUGUCGAAUUUGUCAAAUCUAACAAACUUUACGAUGAAAAUAAAAUAAAAGCGUUCUGCGCUGAUCUAACUACGGACGAUCUCUAUAACAACGUGGAAAAGGAGAGCGUAGAUAUUUGCAGUUUAAUAUUCGUGUUAUCUGCCAUCCACCCGGCUUGUUGGUCGCAAGUAGCCAAGUUAGCUUACAACGUACUGAAACCCGGCGGAGUCCUUUUAUUUCGUGACUAUGGCAGAUAUGACAUGGCGCAGCUACGGUUCAAACCCGGACACAAGAUAUCCGAGAACUUUUACAUGAGACAGGAUGGCACGAGGAGUUAUUUUUUCACCGAUGAUGAACUGGCCCAUUUGUUUGUCGGAGCUGGAUUUGAAAUCCACAUGAAUGAUUACGUUCAGCGUCGCACCGUCAACUUCAAAGAAGGUAUUGAUGUACCGCGUAUAUUUGUACAAGGGAAAUAUAAGAAGCCAGUAGCUGAUGGUAUUGUGGAAAAGGCAUCCUGAAUUUCCAAAACCAUAACAGUGGUAAGAGAAUCUUGGACUGGAGCGUUUUGAAACUGUAUAUGAAGAUAUUUGUCACAUUAGUGUGUGGGAGAUGCCUUGACUUUUCCCAGAUAUCAAUUUGCUGGCACAUAUUGAAGUCUGAGAGCUGCUAGCAAUAGCUUAGAAUUCAACAAUAAUAUCCGAGAAGAAAUAUAUAUUGUUGACAAGACUGCUAAGAGAUUUGCCAUAUAAGGCACAUUCAUCAUACCAGCUUCCCUGGACUAGUGAUCCAAGGUAAAAUUUAACACUCUAGUUAAAUGUAAAUAUUGAUAGUGUAUGAUGAGAAAUUUAAUUUGUAUGAUGAUCUUAGAUAGGGACAUCUGAUUAUGAUGCUGUUAACAUAACUAUCCACACUGAACGCUACUUCACCAGUUACUGUUAUAUGUUCAAUGUAUUUCACAUGUUUGAUAUUCAUGUAAACUUUUCAGAUCGACGAGUGCUUCAAUGAUGGAGAAGAGAAGCUAUAGAUUGAAAGAUGUCCACAUUCAUCCUAGUGUGUAAUGGCUUUUUCUCAGUCUACAAUUUCUACAUGCCACAUGAUACGGCUGCUUGGCGAUGCUCCCACUCUGUUAAAGCUGCCUUCAAUACAAAAUACGGCUGCUUGGCGAUGCUCCCACUCUGUUAAAGCUGCCUUCAAUACAAAAUACGGCUGCUUGGCGAUGCUCCCACUCUGUUAAAGCUGCCUUCAAUACAAAAUACGGCUGCUUGGCGAUGCUCCCACUCUGUUAAAGCUGCCUUCAAUACAAAGAAUUGGUCCAGGUGUGAACACUUCGUUCGUUAAAUAGAUACGUGACACAAAACAAAAGAUACUAAUUGUAAUGAAGCAAGUGAAGGUCGCUAACAGACUGGUUUUAUUUCAAAAAGUAUGCAUAGACAUACAUUUGUAGCAAGGAGUAUAUAGUCACUACGUUACACAUUGUACCAUAAAUAUACAGUAGAGCCUCUAUAAGUCGAACAUCAAGGGGGACGCCAAAAAAUUCGAGUUAUAAAGUUUUCAACUUAUGGAGGAUUUCGACUUGGGAAGAUUUUGAUUCGACAUAAAGAGUUUGGGGUUUAUGCCAUAAAGGUUAUGGAUAUGGAUGCGGAUAGUGGAUUUUUUGUAUAUCGGUCCCGGUUUCGGAUACGGAUAAGAAAUUAUUCCAAAUUAUCCGGUAGUUUCGGUUACGGAUAUUGGAAUUCUAAGGAAUUUCAAAAGUAACAUACAAAUAGAUAAUCAAAUGGUUUUAUUUAUAAAUAGGUCGUCAUUUGGCAGGUACUUCAAUCUGCCUAUAAGUCUCUACUUAAAUAGAAUUGUUAUAAUUAAUUAUUAUACUUACUUAAUUAUUAAAUUCGUAUUAAAGAGAGAAUAUUUGGAAAUCACAUUGCACAUAUUUAUUUACUCUAAUUUAAGUAUGUAUAACGUUUCUUUUAUUAUUUAUUAGGUAUACUUAGUUAUUUACUUAACUUUCAUUUAGUCUAAAUCAUGGUUUUAAUAAUCAAAACGGAGCAAAGGUUAAUUAUACUUAACAAAAAGUAACUUCCCAGGCUUAUCCCCAGAAAGUCGGUUUCUUAAGGGAUCAUCGUAAAUAAACCCAGCAGCACUGAACAGCUGCUCACUGGUACACUAUCAGGAGGCGGAGAGAGAUACUGUCUUACUGAAGCACUUAAGCUGCUGUACUUGAGCUGUCAGCCGUAGAAGUUCUUGGUUCUUCAUCUAUUUUGAGUCCCGGCGAAUAGCUUUCUGAAGUUUCCUUUGCAAUCCAAAUUGGUUCACUUGGCGUCUUAAAUGGGGUUCGAUAAGAUCUUUACAAGUUGUUUCAUGAAAUUCAGUCUGGGCACCUUCCUCUGAGACUGGUUUAACCAUUAUAGCAUGAUUUUUCCUUUUUAAAUACAAUAAAUUGAAACAAGUAGUUACUUAAAUAUAGAUUAAGGGAAUAAUAAAGAAAAAUUUUUUUUUUUCCAAAAAGUAUAUUUUUAUAAAAAAAGCUUACUGAUGUAGAUCUACAUCAGUAUGUAUUAAUAAUCUUGCUUAUAUACUAUUUCUAUUUUACGACUGUCUUCGAAUUAGGCUUACUGUAGUGAAUGAAAAUCUUUGAAACAGUUAUUGCUCUGAUUUAGACACAACGGUAACAUUACAUUUGGUACACGACCAUUGCGUGGUGCCCUUACAAUUGGGCAUCUUGCACCUUAAUCGAUUGGCAAAUACAGGCCCAUGUUCAAAUCCACCUACGCGCACAUCUUUUGACGGAAGCGGAUGUUGCGGACCUUUUGGCUUUUUUAUUUGUAGCUCGCGUUCUAGAGAGGAAGUACUGGGUCGUCCUCUUUUACUUCCACCAGACAUACCUAUAUUGCACAGUGUGUCAACCAAACAAUUGCGAAACUCCUCAAGAUUAGGCAGUUGCUUUUUUGACACACCUUUAGCAAUCAGAUUGGUUUUCAGAAGGACCCAUGAGUUUAUUGUCGUGAGGUCCAGUAGGUGAUAAAACAACCGUAGGUACCAUUUCCGGCUCUUUACUCGAAUCCGAUAGCGUCCUAAGAAACUGUCCAUCAGGUCGACCCCGCCCAUAUGCAUAUUGUACUCUUGCACAAUUUUGGGAUAAGGAAUGUCAAUUUUUUGUUUAGCCCUCUUAUCGUAUCUUGAUACUUUGCUUAACAGGCUCGGCGCCAACGUAAGUUGAUAAUAGAGUGACUACUUUAUUGUCUUUCCAUGCAGUGGCUGAAAAGUCUACUCCAUCUGAAUGAGAAACGCGUUCCUCAUAUGUACCUCUCGGAACAGAAGUUUUCAUUAGUUACUUUUUGUCAGGGAGUCGACAAUUCGGUAGCCUAUUUUGCGGAAUAGUUCCGACACAUUGUAUACCCUGUUUAUUCAAGUAAUGUACCAAAGGCAGGGAUGUGUAAAAAUUAUCGAAAAAUACAAUAUGAUUUUUUAUCCUUGGUAUAGCUCUCGCCAAACGUAUAACGACGUUAUUUGUUAUUCCGAGAUCAGUCUCAUCGGCUGGUUUGUCUUUGUUUUCUCCUUGUCCAGAAUAGACCUCAAAUCUGUAAGCAUAUCUCAUGAGAUUACAGAGAACAUAAAGCUUGUAACCUCACUUGUGAGGCUUAUUUGGUAAAUAUUGCUUUAGAAAAUGUGCAAUUUUCGUUGAACACAUCUGUUCAUCUAUAGACAGUCGUUGGUCUAUUGCAACUGAUGAAAAUGUCGUAUUUAGCUGUUCUAUCACAGGCCGAAUCUUAUGGAGGCGAUCGUGUUCGGAGUGGUCCCGCGGAAGAUGUUCAUUGUUAUCGUUGAAAUGCAAGUAGCUCCUAAUCAUAUCACACCGAUUUACCGGCAUUACGCUCUUUACAGGAUCGUACCCAAACUUGGAAUGCCAGUAUGAGCGUACACUAGGGAAAUGCUCCUCUGACAACGUCAAGGGGCUGUAGACGGUGGGAUGAAUGCUGAGGAAUGGUUAGCAUUAUGACAUGGUUCUCUUUUGCUAAUUCCCAAGCUUCGAGAGUAGCAUGACUGUUAUGAUUGUCCAAUAUUAGCAAUACGGGUGUUUCAGCAGAAGGCUUGGUGUGUUUGAUAAAAUGACGAAGCCAUAAAACGAAUAUCUUUUCGUUAGUCCAGCUACUGUGUGAACAUGUGUAAACGGCUCCCACUGGUCCAUCUUUUUCCAGCUGUGGUGAGUGACGUUGACGAGGAAAUAUGAAAAGCGGAGGAACGAACGAUCCAGACGCACUUACAGCACAUAUAACAGUGACCGUCUUACCUCUUUCCCAUGACCCGACGCGUUUUUGUCCUUUGAGGGCUAUAAUUUUUUCGGUCUCUUGGACGGUCGUUAUACCAGUCUCGUCUACAUUGUAAAUCAUUUGAGGCUCGAAGUUAUGUUGCUCCAUUAAUUUCUCCAAGUUAUUGAAAAAAAGCGUUGUUGAUGCUUCAGGUGGAAUGAUUUUAUUUGAAAUUUACACAGAUAUAUAUACAAAAGUGACAAUUAUUAAUAACCAAUAAUCAAUAUUUACAGAAAUUCGUCUCCAAUAAAAAGUUUCACAUUAUAACCAAUGAAAUUGGAUUAUAAUGUGAGUUACAAUUUAAUUACCGGUUUACCAAUCUGAAGGGCUAUAACAAGAAUAAAAUUCUUUAAGAAAAUUAUGUACAAAUCAAAACAUUGGCUUUUCUACCAAUAGCGAGUGAGUAUGUAAGAACAAUAAUUAUUUCUUACGAAUUGUACGAGAGGUGAGGGGCGCACCGUCGCCGCGGGGGGCACCAUAUAAAUACGCGCCUAUCUGUGUCCAUACAAAACCCGGCCUAUGUGCUCCUACGUUUUAGUAACCGCGCGCCUUCGGCUCGUGACGGUCAUAUGCUUGAUGUUUUGUAUGGACGCUGCGUGUGGUAGGUAAUGUAGGUCCCACAGCGUUAUCUCCAGUCUUAUUAAAUCCAAGGAUUCGGUUGAUACUGAUGGCUUCAGGCUUUCUAAUACUCAAAUCUGGAUGACGCUGAAAAAAUCCAGCAAGCCAAUCUUUUCCUGCAGUUUGAUUGACUUGGUUGAACCGUUUUUCAAUACCUAGUUGCUUAGCUACACUGUAACAUACUUUGCGAAACUGUUCUCUUAAAACCAUAAAAUUUGCUUGACAUAGUCCGAAGGUAGUUAGCCAGUAUUUCUUCUUGGGCAACAUUAAAUGCAGUACGUCUUCCCAGCUUAGGCGAGUUUUUGUAGCUACUGUCUACGGCUUUCGCUAAAUUGUAUCGCUUCUUGAGAGUGGUGUAAGUAAUACCAGUUUGUUGCGAUACUUUGUACACCGAAAUUCCUCUUUUAAACGAAUAGCACUAACGGUUAGAGCGCUUCAGGCGAAGUUUGUCGAUUAUUCGAGUAAGUAGCUGAGUACCUACGAACGCGCAAAUGUGUCUGCAUCCCGUUCAAACGCCAUAGCUCUCAUUGCCCCACCGCUCUCAAUACCCCGCGGUCCCCUAAAUGUAUGAUUUUGGUUUCACUUUAAAAAAAAAUAUGUUUGUGUAAUAGACAUGUAUUACUGUCUAGGAUAAAUGAGUAAUAAAAUCUAGACAUGGAUUUACUAUACCUUUUUAUUUGCAAUAAUGUGGGUGUUGUAUAUAAUUAAGAUUUUGCAAGUAUUGGUAAAAUAAGAGUGGAUAUUCUUUUUGAAAUGUAUUUAUUUAUUCUUCAUUAUGAUAUUUAUAAAAACAAUUACUUUUUUUCGUAUUACAUAAAGAUACACGACAUAUUUGGCACAUUUUGAAUGUAAAGCCUGAACAUUUUGGGAAUUUGCACCUCUGCUGCUUAUCCAGCCAAACUGCCCUAUGACAUGUCUGAUCCAAUCUGACGUCUUUCAAAGGAAUUGCUUGAGCUGGUCCUCGGAAUUUCUUCAUUACAAGUUCUCUUAGUAUUGUACUGCCACUAGGUCGACUACGUUUAGCGUCAUUUGCAGGUAGACCCAAUUUGCAGAGGGUUUCAGCAAGUUCUAGUCUGAAUGUACCCAAAUUGAGAAGUUGAUCAUUUCCUUUUAUAUUAUUUACCUUCUUGAACAUAACACAUGAAUUUAUAACUGCGAGGUCCAGGAAAUGAUAAAAUAAGUGCAUGGUCCACUUGCAGCUCUUCCUUGUGAUGUGAUAACGACCUAUAAAUGAAUCUAAUAAGUCCGCGCCUCUCAUGUGGGCCUUGUACUCCUUGAUGACUUUGGGACAAGGAAUAGCAACUCUCUCUUUCUUCGAUUUAUAAAAGCGUGUGACUGUGGUUGCUGGUUCUGCUCCUACGUAAGUGGAAAGAAGGUUAACCCAUAAUUUGGCAAAGUAUGAAAUGCUAUAAAACCUGAAUUUUGUCAUCAGAAAUGUUAUUUAUACACAUAAAACGACUAUAGAAAAAUUUGAAAAAAUCUGAAAAACUUAGUUUUCCUGAAAACUCGUGUAUGCCACAAUAUACACUGCCGGCCAAAAGUUUGAGACCACCUACAUAAAAGUUGGAAAUUGAUGUAAAACCCAAAAUAAAAAGCUGAACAUGAAAGGAUUUGUUGAAAUAUUUAUUAGGUAUGGCAAAAGCGAUGAAAUAUAAACAAAAAAUAUUAAACACUUCGACAAUUUAACUUAAAAUAUAUAUGACAAGCUAAACAGAUUUUUCAUCAAAAACCCUCCCUUGCAUUGAAUCGCUUUGUUGACAAGUCUUGGCAUGCGGGCAAUCAAUUUGUCGAUUGUUUCUUGUGAAAUAUUGUUCCAGUUUUCUUGCAAAACUCUCCACAAAUCCUCUUGUGAGCUGGGACAACAACUACGCACGUUUCUGUCCAGCUCUUCCCACAAAAGUUCUAUAGGGUUAAGGUCGGGGCUCUGAGGGGGCCACACCAUGUUUUUUAACACUCCUUCUGCUUCUUUUUUAUCUAAAUAACCCCGGCACAAUUUGGAGCUGUGUUUAGGGUCGUUGUCUUGUUGGAAAAUAAAGCCAUCUCCAACUAGCCGAAGUCCCGAUGGUACAGCAUUACACUCUAAUAUUUGUUUGUACUGCUCUUUUUUCAUAAUUCCUUCGACUCGUACCAAAUCUCCAGUUCCACAGCUCGAGAAACAACCCCGAACCAUAAUUGAACCACCGCCAUGCUUCACUGUGGGCAGGAUACAGUCUGGCAUCAUCUUUUCCUUGGCACUCCGCCGAACAAAAACACGUGUUUUGCUCCCAAGCACUUCAAAUUUGGACUCAUCUGUCCAUAGAACUCUUUUGAAGUUUUCUUCACUCCAGUUUCGAUGGGUAAGGGCCCACUGCAUUCUCUUGUUUUUGUUUUGUGGCUUUAAGGGGGGAGCCUGCUUUAGAAGCUUCAAAAAAUCGAUUUUUUCGAGGAUUUUCUUGGCAAGGAAAGAAAUAUUUGAUUGAAACGAAACUUUCGGGUUUUAUUGUUAUAUAUUUCAAGAGUCUUCUCUAAUUUUUUCAUCAAAAUAUAUGUCAUAUUAUGCGUGGUACAAGCAUUUCGCCGAGGCGCCUCGAGUAUGCAGGUGUCGUGCGGCGGGAAAGAUGCAGGUCGCAAUUUUCAUCUGAAACUAAAAAACCAAAAAAAUUUUUAAUUUUCAAUAGUAUAGCUUCUAGUUAAACCAAGAAAAUUAAAAAAAAAAGUGAAAAAUUCAAUUAUUUUUCGCAAAUUAAAAAAAAAAUUCAUUUUUUUGGAAAAAAAAAUUCACUUUAGAUUGUUUAAAAAAAUGGUUAAUCAUUACUUUUUCAAGUUUUUUUUGGUUCAACUAGAAGAGAAUUUUAUCCCAAACACAACCAAUUUUGUCUCGUUUCGAUAGGACGUUUAGUUUUUUUUCUAUCUUUCCCGCCAACUCGGAAAAAUCGUAAAAAUGAAAAACCGAGAAAUCGCCCGUCAAAGUUUUCGUAUAUAAAAAAUCUUAAUUUUUUUGAACUUACCGCAAUAAUAUGCUAAUCAGCGAUUCCUGGUCCAUAGAAUGGCCCUUGAGACUUCAAAAAACUGGUUUUCGCCCAGAUGUUCGAGUCUGCGGGCUGUUCUGGCCUCUUUACUUUCCAAUGAAUCGCGCCUGUUUUGUCGGUUGACACGCUCAUUGUCAGCUCCCUUGGCGAAAUUGUUGCAUUGCUGUCCAAUUUUUUAAUCUAGUAACUGCAUGGUUUUCAAUACUGCACUGUAGCCUUCAUUGAACAUUCCUCCAGCGAUGUAAGCAGCAAUCUCGACGAUUUUAAUGCCUGAGUUAAGGUGUUUAGGUACGAUGCGCCACACAGUGGAAUUGAACGACUCGUUCGCAUUUUGUGUGUGUCCACCUAAACAUCUCGUUAGCAGAUCGUCCUUAGAUAAAUCCUCGUAAAUAGGACGAAUUUGCUUCUCGACAUGUUCGUCAAUUACACGUGGUGGAUGGUUAAAAGCAGCCAGGGUGUUUGUCGCUUCAGCUUUGCGCCACUCACACCAGCUUUCGACGCCUUCCGGGCAUUUACCGUGGCGAGGUAAUUUAUCUGUAGAGCAAUAAUGAUCAAGUGUCGCCAUUAUUGCAUUUCUCAUAUCUUCUACAGAAUUCAAGUUUCUUCGAAUCGCCAGACCGUAAUAAAUUGUUAAUUUUUUUAUCAUAGCCUCGGUGAGCCGUUUCUUUCCACCGAGCUGCUCAUCUUUUCUCUUGGUGCGGAGACGAGUACCCAUGCGCUUUUGUACAUGUCCCACGCACUCGUUUUUGGUCACUGUGCACUCGUCGCCGUAUGGAUCACUGUUUAGGAUGCCAAGAAAUGUUUUGGUAUCGCCGUCGCCAAUGUAAUUACUAUACAUUACUCCAAAUUUCUCGAUGGACCUUGAGAACAUUUCCACAAUCGAAUCAACUUCCAUUUUCCCGGCCGAACCUGCGUGAUUUGAAGAACAAUUUUCUUUAUGGCUUUCAUACCAAUUUUCAAACUCGUCGUCGUCCAAUGUAUUUUUCUUGAUGGCACAGGUAUGACAAUAUCCGCUUUUAACGUCAAGGUCGACCACUUUGCCACCGAAAUACCCAAUAAGUGUAGUUACACCGUACAAUGAAGUAUAUCCACGUUUUUUCCACGAUCCAUCGCCCGAAACUUUCCAACGGUCAGCUGGUCUUUCAUUUUGUAUGUUGAGUUCUUUUUCCUCAUCGACGGUUUUUUUGCAGACGCUCUCAAACAUUGUUUUCGACGCUGUAUACAGGUGUUUCACGAUUUGGUCAUACGUCGAUUUUGCUAAGCCCUGAGACAUAUCCAUAAGGCCACAAAAAAUGUUAAUGCCUUCUCGUGCGACACCCAAAAGUCUCAUGACGAACACAAUUCUUCUGUUGAUUUCGUAGCCGGUGUGAAUGAACGGUCCGGAUUGAAUUUCUCGUUUACCGCAUUUUCACGACAAAAUGAUUUUGAAUCCUACACCCCGAUGGCCGCUUUCGGCAAACGUAAUUCUCUGCUUACACGAAUUGCAAAUAACUAACUCAGAAAUAGCUAAAAACACAGAGACAAACUCGAUUAUCCGAUAGCAAUGAGACGGAUAAAUUAUAACAUCGUCCGUAGUUGCUGACGCCAAUUUUUUUUCACUACGGCUAGUAUUAGCCUUUCCAUCGUCCGAUGACGGAACAUUAAGAAACUGAUUGCCCUGGAAUUUGCGCUUCCGGGGCUUUCCAGUCCGUUCACUUGAAGAUUUGGUCAAUUUAGGAUAGCUCUGCAUGUUUUCGAGAUGUUCACGUGCCGAAAAACAAAUCAAAACUGAAUUUAAAUGCUAAAUAUAGCUUUGCUCAAGCCAACGUAGCCAGCUAAUAUAUAUCCCUUCUUUGCAUGAUUUUUUACUUUAAAAAAAAAAAAAUCAUGUGUUUGUAAUUCAGUUCAUACAUUACAGGAAAAAUAAAUAAAAAAAUAUUUGUCUAUUUUUAUAGCUUUUUUUGUUGAAAAAACGAUAUGAUGGAUUUUUCCAUCAUCAUGCAAAACAGCCUUAUCACGUUCAUACAUUAAUUAUUUAUUAGAGCAUACACAUUUUAUAUUUAUUUACACUAUUACUCCCGAUGAAAACGUAGGAAACAGUUGUUGUUUUUAUUUAAGCACAAGUUUAAGUUACACUUGCUACAACGUAUCGUGGAAUAGCCCUUACAGUGUGGGUAUUUACAUCUAAGAGAGGUAGAAACUAGUGGCAAAUGAUCACACCCAUCUCUUCUGAUGUCUUUUGGGGGAGGAACAGUAGCUGGGCCUCUUUUUCUCUUGAGGUCCAAUUGAUGUUCAAGCGAACUGGUGCUUGGACGACCUUUUCUCACCUCUGUGUCUUCUCCUAUAGUGCAUAGAACUUGAGCCAACUCAAUCCGAAACUGACCCAAGGAAAGAAUAUUAUUUUUUGUUACACCUCGUUUGUUUGCAUUUUUUUUAUAUAUUAUCCAAGCAUUAAUAACUGUGAAGUCCAGUAAAUGAAAGAAUAUUCUUAGGUACCAUUUUUUGGACCUUAUAGUUAUAUGAUAUCUUCCCAGAAAACUAUCCAUUAGAUCCAACCCCCCCCCCCCCCAUAUGUUUAUUAUACUCUUGUACAAUAUGUGGACAUGAAAUUGGUACUUUCUCUUUUUUGGUUUUAUCAUACCUUGUAACAGUAGAUAUUGGUAACGAUCCCACAUAUGUAGAUAAAAGUGUAACCACUUUAUUGUCCUUCCAGGCCACACAAGCCAUGUCGAUACCAUCAUAUGAAGAAACCCUUUCUUCAUAGCUGCCUCUUGCUACUGAUUUUUUCAUAAACUCCUUUUUUUCCGGCAAUUUCGACUUUGGGAUACGAUUUUGCUGUACUGUACCUACAGAAUGAAUACCAUUUUUUGCUAAAUAAUGAACCAAAGGCAAUGAAGUAUAGAAGUUGUCAAAGUAAACUAUGUGGUUAAGCAACCUUGGUACUCCUCUAACUAUCCGAAUGACAACAUUUCCUGUGGCUCCAAUAUCAGGCUCUCCAUCUAAUCGCCCCGUAUUUUCUUGGCCUGAAUAGAUCUCAAAUUUGUGAGCAAAUCCAGAUAAAUCGCAGAGGACAUAGAGCUUGAACCCCCAUUUAUGGGGUUUAUUUGGCAGGUACUGCUUUAGAAAAUGUGCCACUUUAGUAGCACACAUCUGUUCGUCUACCGAGAGCCUCUGUUCCAUU